GCUAUACUACGGCUAAUCCUUUUAUUUAAGAAAUUUACGUUUUCGGAUAAGGCAUUUAAUUAGACAUCCGCUUCAUAUAGGCAAAAAUUACUUCGCUAACUGUGGAAUGGUGCAUGUCUGUUUUGCCUAGUUAACAAACUGGUGCUGCUCUCGACAUUAGCAUGCCGCUAGCUAGCUAGCUAACAACAAUUAGCCAGGUGUAGGCAUUGGCUUAGCAAUGCGAAAUCGUUUUGUGAUAUAGCUUCACGUUAAUGUACUUUAUCUAAUAAAAUGCACGUUACCUGUUAAUACUGUUAGUUGACUACAGUGGAUAGCUAGUCUAUUUACAUUAAAAUAGGCUAUGCUAACAUGACUAUCUGUCAAGGUAGAUAAGAGACUAUUGUUGUUUUCAGUGUUGCUAGCUAGCUGGACUGCUCUUAACUGUUAUAAAAAAAUAUAUAUAUUUUCAGGAAUUACUUUCUAAAUAAGGUUAUUUAGACCGGACCGCUAUAAAACAGUACUACAACUAACUCUAAUGUAAGAGAUCAGUUAUGAUAGUUAGCCAUCUGCUAUCGACUUGAGAUGAGACCGAGGCAAAAUUAUUUUAUUUUAUUGGAUAUUCUGCUUUCUAUCGUCAAAAGCUAUUAAACCAGAAACAGAAGGAGUAACCCAGACAAGUUACAGGGGUUAUAAAGCUGAAACAUCCGUCUAUAUAGAACGUUUUCUCGCCACCAAUUACGGUAGCGACCGGAAGUCCAGUCUGGGUAGUGGGAGAAGAUGGAACCAGGUGAAACUGGGCCAACAUUCUGCAAGGUUUCUCAUCGAUUUAACAUCUGAUAUCAAAACAAUUAUAUAUUCUGAAUCGGGAGGAUAGAGAAAAGUUAACUGCUUUUUUUUGUUGACCCCACCCCCCCAAACUUUCAAUCUUCAAUAUCUUUUAAUUAAUAAUAUUCUUAGAUGUAAAGUCCCCUGUUUUACGGGACCUGCUUGGGUCUGACCGAAGUUUUUGCUUAUAAAUCGAUCUGUGGACACCGUUGUUUGAAAUGGCUUGCAUUGAGAGAUAGUAGUAUAUGUGACUAGGAUGUUUAACCUGACACCACUUGAAGCUGGGAUGGCCCUCCUACCAUUUCAUUCGCUCUACCGAAUGUCCGUCAACCUCCUGGCUGAGCCCUAGGUCACAGCCACUGACAAAGCACAUGCCUGCAAUUCUUGCGUUAUAGCUCAGCAGGAGAGAGUGGGUUCAGCAUUGUAGCACAUUCAGAGAUCAAUUUAUAGCCAUUAAUCUAAAAUAACAAAUGGAUUUUAAACAAAAAAAACAACACUUUCUGUUCAUCAUAGAUGGACACGAUUAAUUUGAGAGGAAAGAUGCUUAACGGUCACAUAUAAUAAGGAUUUGUAAGAAACAAGGAAAUACACACGUAGGAGCGAUCAAGCAUGGACCGUAUAAUGAAGGAGCAUGGUGUCAAGUUUCAGAGUGUCAGAGCUACAAGUGUUACUGGGCUUCGCUGGGCGUAACAAGAGUGGUCCCAAGCAUGAGCUCCUUCUGAGGGUCUUGCACCUCCUGAAGAACUCCUCCUGCAGUCCAGCCGUCCAGAUCAAAAUCAAGGAACUUUAUCGACGCCGCUAUCCCAGGACGAUAGACACUUGUCUUACCGACUUGGCUGCAAUUAAGUCUGCGUUCUCUACGGCAGCGGAAGGCGGUGAUGUUACCGUGGUAACCUCUGACCUCAGUGACCUGUCCCCUGACGGCGCCAGUGUCUCCCGGGACUUUGACCUGGCGUCCGAUUCUCUGCUCCUCUCUGGUGAUUCGCUGCUGCUCCACGAGGAGACCAAUAAGGAGCUGAGGAUGAACCUCCAGCAGCCCGCCCCUCUCAUCCCUCCAGUCCACCCAGACGUCCAAAUGAAGUCUCUGCCAUUCUACGACGUGUUGGACAUCCUCGUUAAGCCCUCCAGCCUGGGUCAGUGUCUCUCUGGAACCAGCACUGUUCAGAGAUACCACCAAGAGAAAUACUUCAUCUUCGCCUUGACGCCUCAACAAGUCAGAGAGGUGUGCAUUUCAAGGGACUUCCUACCAGGUGGCAGAAGGGACUACAUGGUUCAGAUACAACUGAGGUUUUGUCUGUCAGAAACAAGUUGUCCCCAAGAAGACAACUACCCCAACAGUCUCUGCAUUAAAGUCAAUGGGAAGCUCUUCCCCUUGCCGGGUUAUGCCCCGCCCCCUAAAAAUGGAGUGGAACAGAAGAGACCGGGAAGACCUCUAAAUAUCACCUCAUUGGUCAGAUUGUCCUCUGCCGUACCCAAUCAGAUCUCUGUAACGUGGGCAGCCGAAAUUGGAAAGACGUACUCCAUGUCGGUGUACCUGGUGAGACAGGUCACCUCGCCUCUACUGCUGCAGAGGCUCAGGAUGAAGGGCAUUAGAAACCCAGACCACUCCAGAGCGCUGAUAAAAGAGAAGCUGACAGCAGACCCUGAUAGUGAGAUUGCCACAACCAGCCUGAGGGUGUCGCUCAUGUGUCCCCUUGGUAAAAUGCGUCUGACUGUGCCGUGUCGAGCUGUCACCUGUUCCCACCUGCAGUGUUUUGACGCAGCCCUCUACCUGCAGAUGAAUGAGAAGAAACCCACCUGGGUCUGUCCUGUCUGUGACAAGAAGGCCCCCUACGAGAGCCUCAUCAUCGACGGGUUGUUCAUGGAGAUUCUGAACGACUGUUCCGAUGUGGAUGAGAUCAAGUUCCAGGAGGACGGGACCUGGUGCCCCAUCAGACCAAGGAAAGAGGCCCUCAGUGUGUCCUCAACCUGUAUCCCAAAAAUAGAACCGCGUCUAUGUGCCAUGGUCCCCUCCCACAGCGAGCUCAGCUCAACCAAUAAGAAGGCAGACGUGAUCGACCUGACCCUGGAGAGCUCAUCAGAGGAGGAGGACGAGGAAGAGGAGCCUGAUCCGCCACUGAAGAAGAGAUGCCUCUACAUGUCCAAGACAGAGGAGGUUCACGCCAAGGGAGUGUUGACGUAUCAGCCAUCCACGGGGCGCCUCCCAAAUGUACAGGCCCUGGACACGCCAUACCUGAUGUCUUCACUAGCAGACUAUACAGUCCCCUUCCACCACUCCACCCUGUCCACCAUCCCUACAGACAUGCAGAGUCUGGAUCUGUUCUCGCUGAUCCAAGGUGACCCGCAGCAUUACAGAGCUCCCAUGUUCCUGGAUAACCUGACCAGCAGCCUGCAGGGUGCCACCACUAGCGCCGGCCUGGUGUCCUCUUCUAGCCAAUACGACACCAGUUCCCACCACACCACUGCCUCUUCAUCCUCCCAUGAGACUGGGGUUAUCACUGGGGGAGGAGGAGGGUCCAACAUCAUCUCAGACAUCAUCUCAUUGGACUGAUCUUCUGGUCCCUGAGAGCUCAUUGGACUAAGCUUCUGGUCCCUGAGAGCUCAUUGGACUAAGCCUCUGGUCCCUGAGAGCUCAUUGGACUUAGCCUCCUAUUCGACACAAGCCUCCGAGGACUGAGGUAGUGCACUAUAUAGGGAAUAUCGUGCCAUUUUGGACCUGGACGAUGUCCACAGGCCACCACAGGCUAGGCUAACUUGUCUCCUUUCCUUUGUCUGUCUGCCAGUGAAGUUAGGACACAUUUGCUUUUUUCCCCCUACCGUGCCCGUGCUGAUUGAAGGAAAGGAAAUCUAGGAGAGGAAGCCAUUUUUAGAUAGUUGAGACUGUUGGACCCGUAGUCUUUUCUCAAUUGGAUUUGCUCAGCUCCUACAUCCUCUCCCGCCUCCUUUUGAACAAAGGUCAAAGGUGAAUGGAGGAGAGGCGGCUAGGAGAGUGAAUGUGGGUGAAAAUGUCCUUGUAUGAAAUGACGUUUACAGGUUGGAUCCCAAAACGUGGUGAUUAAAACGAAUGAAGAUAGUUGUGGAAGACAUUUUUUUUUUUUUAGCUACAACGGUAGAUUUGAAACAUGUUCAUGCUUUUUCUCCGACGACAAAACGAAAGCUUGAUUUAAAGAGUGGAGGGGGGCAGGUUUCAGUGGUCUUCCAUGAAGGACUCCGGUAGGAUACACGUGACCUUCCUCGAGGUAAAGGUGACUAUCAAGGAGAGGAGGGAAACUCUUCCGUUCAGCUAUUAACGAAUUGACAUAUCCUUGACCACUCAUCGGUUUCCGGGUCACAGAGGAGAGAGGACGGACCCCCCCAAAAAUAGUCAAAAGCCUAUUUUGACUGGAUGAGAUGACAUGGAAGCAUUCCGCAGGAAGUGGGACAAUGGGGGCGGGGUUUGUUUCCCCCUUCAGUCACAGCAAUAAUACUGAGUUUUCCAGAUCUACUGACUCUGUACACGGUUGAAAGUGUAUCUAAAACAUGGAACCAUUAGAAAUGAGAUAUUUGUGUGUGUGUGUGUGGGGGGGUGGAUUCAUGAAUUGGAGGUACCAUUUAGUUUUUUGUACAAAUUAUCAAAAGUGAUACAAACUAGAGCGUUGAGUGUUUAUAAAAUGCCAUCUUUCUCAGCAUUUUGGAAAGUCUGUUUUGUAUUUAGUUGGACCUUGUUGUGUAUGUACCAUCUAAUUAUUUUUGCCUUCUUGGGAGGAUCCCCUUUUGUUCUGUGUGUAAACAUGUAUGUGAGUUAAUGUCCCCAAAUGGUUUCCGUCCCACGAGUCCCGACUUUUGAACAUUUGAAGUCUGUUGGUUUGAAGGUUAAGCAGGAUGUUUUCACUGUUGCAUAGCUACAUGUUCACAGAACCAAAUGUAAUGCGAAGUUGUCAAUUGAGCCUUUGUUGAACGUAGCAAAAAAAGAAAUCAGGGCCUGAAAUAGUGUAUUUUAUUUAAUGUACAAAACUCUAGAUAAAUUAGCUAAGGCAAUUAGUGCUGCAGUGUAGAAUGAUAUGUUGGCCCUCAACCUUGUAUGAGUUGCUUAGGGAAAGGGGACCUACCCACUAAAAUGUUAGGAUUUACAUUAAGUUAGGUUAAUGUUUUAAAAUGGAACCUGAAGUAUUUUCCAAACUUAAAUUUAAGGGAAUAGAUAUUUAAUAUUUUAUUGUAGUUAAAGGAUGCUCCUCUUGUUUCGCUGUGGGUAAAGGAUGCUCUUGUUUCGCUGUGCCAUCGUGAUGCAAACAAACAAACAACAAGGUGCUCAUUUUUUAUUUGCUGUCAGGAUCUCAGACUUAAAACAAUAAAGCGGCAUUUUUUAAAAUA